UUCUCGCUAGAAACACCUUUUAAAUUCAAUUAGAUAACAGACACUAUAAAAGACUUGUGCAACGAAUCUCUCAAAACCAGAGAACUCGUCUUUUUCUGAAUAAGAUUACGUCCAUGUUUCACGUGUAAUUGUUCGAAGUAUUUGUCUGUGGUUGAGCAAGAAUAAUUUGUUCAACAACAAGUGAUUUAUGUUGGCCCAAAAACUGUUGUUUCUAUCCAAAUCCAAAUCCAAGUCUAUCUAAGCCUGAACAUAAGUAUGAGCUAUGACAAGGAAAAUUUAGGAGGCGACGACGGUGGAGAUGUGAAGAUUGUUAUCAGAGGAAAUGACCACAAAGCUCAACAAGGACCCAACAGUAUAUACGCUUUUUGUAACCACUGUAAAAAGGAUAUAUCUGUAGUAUACAUUAAAUCAGAGAAUAAUGGCAAGGAUGUUUGUGUAUCAGAAUCGCUGUCACCUAAAUGGUCCGUUCGAAACAAUCAUGGGGAUUAUCAGGAGAACGACUACGACAAGUGUCAAAAAGAUAACAACUAUGAAGGCUGCAGAAAGCUACUCGAUGAAAAGAAAAAGAAGAGGAAAAUCGGAGAAAUGUGGGAAAAUUUUCUCGGAAGUUGCACGCUCCAUGGCUUUCAUUACUGCUUCAGCGGUAACCCACCUUUACGUCGCAUAGUUUGGACAAUUCUACUGUUGACUGCGUUUGCUAUGUUUUUUGAAAAAUGCAGCGAGAGUAUUAAAAGUUACUUUGAAUAUCCCUUCACGACUACCACACUUUUGACCUACACUGACCGUCUGCCGUUUCCAGCCGUUUCGUUUUGCAACUACAACGAUGCACGCUUGUCAAAAAUGAAUGGCACUAUCAUGAAUGAGAUUUUUGUCCAAUCGGUCCUAGAGGGGAAAAAUGUCAGCCAUUUAAAAGCCAAACUAAAUGGAGAACUCAUGAAAAAAACACUGAAAGAUGCGGCCCAUCGACUUGAGGAUAUGAUCAAAGAAUGCACAUGGCAAGAAUCGGUUCCGUGUUCGUGGCAGAACUUUACACUUUUCAAAACGGCGGACGGAGAUUCCUGUUAUACUUUUAACUCAGGAAAAAUGGGUGAAAUAUUAAAAACUACUACUGUUGGGUCAAAGGAAGGCCUAAGAUUGCUUAUAGAUAUCCAACACGUAGAGUAUUAUUAUGAUGUCAAGAAUGCUGGUUUUACUGUGAUAUUACACGACCAGGAAGAGACUCCAGUAAAGAUGCAAGGUAUUUCAGUGGCACCAGGUUUCGCUACCUACAUGGAGCUUAAAAGACGAAAGGUAACGAACUUACCUUUGCCAUACAAGACAGCAUGUGGAAUGCCAAAACUAAAAUACUUUGAUACCUACACCAAAUCGAAAUGUUUCUUGGACAAACUCACCCGAUAUGUGGAUGCAAAAUGCAAGUGUAGAGAUUGGUUUAUGCCUGGCGAGGGCGAGAUUCCCGUAUGCGACCUAACAACAGCCGAACUCUGUUUGUGGCCUGCGUGGGAGCAUUUUGAAACAAAGAAGCUUGAUAACUGUCCCAUCGCCUGUGAUAGCAUCGAAUACUCAGCCCAGCUCUCUUACGCGAGGUUCCCCGCUAACACAUACGCCCAAAUGCUGGCUAGACAGUACAACCUCACUGGGACUCCUAAAGAAAACCGGGAAUACCUCAGGGAUAAUCUAAUGGAAUUAAAGAUUUAUUACGAGGAUCUGACGUUUAGUGAUGUCCGACAAGUGCCAAGCUAUGAUCUCUUUGGUCUUCUAGGUGAUGUUGGUGGCCAGAUUGGACUUUUCCUUGGUGCAAGUCUGUUAACCAUAGUCGAAUACUUGGACGUCCUUGGGAUGAUGGCAUACACUUCUUAUAAAUAUAGAAAAUGAGGUCCAAAGAGAGGAUUUUUAGAAUUUAGAUCACGGCAUAAUGUUGCCAGGUGAAUGGUCCAGGCCAAAGCGUCGGAUUCCUGAAGCGAAAAGAGGAUGCCAUUCUCUGAAAUAAUUCAGGCCAUUACCUGAAGCAGCCCACUUUAAACUAUAAAACUCGGGGUUAGUUAAAAACUCGUUGAUAUCCGUUAACUUUAAUUAUCAAUCAUUGUUCAUGAACUAUUAACUUCUGACAAAUUGGCUUAUCUCUGGUGUAAUAUAAUUUAAACAGUACCGCUGACAUCACAGUACUAAAAAAAAAAACAAUACCAUUUUUAAGAUCUAUAGAACGAGUCACUAUAGACAUAACAAAAGACAUGCAUAAAUUAUAUUACACCGGAGAUAACCCGACAACUUGCAGACCAUAAAAAAAUGGAAUCUGCUUGUGAAUCAUCUUUUUAUAUUUAGAAUUCUUGUUGCUCAGUGUUAACGUCGAUAGUGUGUAAGAUUCGAUGGGUUUUCUCUUGCUUUCUCCCUUUUCAAACCCUAAAUUCCAAUACACCGAUCCCGCAUUCAUUGUUCUACCUCCCUGUUGCUACAUCGGACAAGCUAAAGUGUGUUUUUGAUAUACAGCAUGAAACAGAUACCGACUGCUGAAAUCGUAAAUGUCUGUCUUAGAAUCAAGGAAAGGGAAAAAAGCGAUAACUAACAAAAAAAAACUUUAGAUUCCAUUCGAAUGGGAAUAAAGGCGAUGCGUAGUGGUAGUGCAUACGUCCCUAACCUCUCAGGUUUCUCGGCCUCGACAACCUAUUUCAUCUGAGUAGAGUUUUGGGAUACCCCUUAAUCUGAGAGAUUUUAUCCGGAUUAUUUUAACCGAAAACCCAACAACCUAAUUCCAUUUUGAUCCUUCAGUUAACCAUGUCUUGCUUUUGAUCAGCUCCGAGGUUGCUGUAUGGUAUCCAUAAAAAAAAUCAAAUAUGAAAUGUUUACAGUAGCGAUAACCUGAUGAGCAGGUGCUUUAAUAUAGGACUUGGAUAAAUGUUUUUCUUCCUAGAGCUUUGAAAUGGGGAAAUAUUACGCCUAAAGUACAAGGGUCCAUGUGCACUUCUUUGGUCUGGUUCGCACAUGCAUUACAAAUACAUUCAACGAAAGAAAAAUAAAUGUUAGGAGAAAAGAUGUGGCUUUCAUGUUGACUGUGAUAACAAAACAAGAAAAUCUUUUGUUAUGAAACCAAUGUGGCAGUAAGUCUUCACAUAUACUCUUCCCCAGCAAUUUUGCAUUUCUUAAUGGCUGUAUUUGUGAGUAUUAACCAGACUUCAAGAGGCACUAAACGUAAACAAUGAAACUUUGCAAUUAUCGCGAUUUCCAUUUGCCCUCACGGUGAAAACGUCUUCGGCCACUGAAAUUAGUCAUUGUAGUGUAUAGACCCCAACCCUGAUGACUUUUCAUACCUAAACCACUAUAAUUCUUUUAAAGUUAAAUCUCCUUUGAGAAUGCAAAUCGAAAUUAAUAAAAAGCUAAAGAAAGGGAUUCCGGAAGUGUAAGUAUAAAAAGUCAUCAUGCUUGAAAUCAAGAGAAAAUGAACUAAGAGAAGGAAUUCCCCCAUAUAGCCUUGUAACCAUCAUGUGCACAGUUUUCAUGUUUUUUUCUACGGUGUUUGCUUACGUUUUUGUGGUUUUUCCGUUAUUUCGACUCUGCCAUGAAUAUGAAUGUGCACGUCGAAAGCUUGGAAAAUACGAGAGGAAAUUGAAGUAGUAAUUUGUUCAACUUUCUGGAGUAUUUUUACAUUUAUUUUCCAAAGCUUUCGACCUACAUCGUCAUCUUGAGGGCAUAUUUGAACAUUUG